CGAAUGACCUAUGAAAGUCUCCGGCCUAGUGCUGCGUGUGACGAAAGUGUGUACAGCGUUAGCGUGCCCCAGAUAGUUGUGUAGUUUUAGCGAACAACUUUCUGCUCGUCCCUGCAUACCACAAUGCUGAAGUGCAGAACUGUGUGGAAAAAGUUGGCACCAUUGGCCAGGAACUCCUCAACUUUAUGUCAUCAGAAUGCGAAAAGAGCAGUGUUGAGGAGUGAGAGGAGGCCAGCUCUUCUCCAGAGCGCCCAGAUGUCUGCCGGCCCAUCUGGGGGAGGUGGGCCUAACAACAACACUUUAUACGUCGUCCUUGUCGGAGCCACAUGUUUAGGGGGAGUUGCAUAUGCUUAUAGUACGUUACGAGGAGACAAGCAGAGGUAUCAGGACCGGCUCACAGAAAUUGCCUCCAGACCAAACAAAGAAACAGAAAUAAAUACAGCUGCUCCAGAAGCCACAAAAGAGCUCGCUGAGGAGGCUUCUGAGCCUCAGUCAGUGGCCGAUGUGGAGAGUGCCCCGUCCACACCCCCAGAGGAACCCUCUCCAUCUGCGGAACCACCAGCGGAACUCCCCUCAGAAGCAGAAAUAUCGGAGCCUGUCUUGGCUGAAGUAUCAGAAUCUCCCUCUGGUACAGCAGAGAGUGCAACUGGUGUAGAAGUUGUGACCAGUGAAAUACCACCCACAGCGGAUCCCGGGAAGAGUGAGCCCCAAGAAGAGGCAACACCUGUACAGUCUGAAGAAAUGCCUAUUGUGGAGUCACCUGAAAGUGCCCCCCCAGCAGAAUCAGAUGCUCCUGAGCCUGUGGUGGCAGAAGCAGUGGAAUCCAUUCCAGAAUCCAUUCCGGAAGCCAUUGCAGAAGCUGCUCAAGAAGCCGUAUUGGAAUCUGUCAGUGAACCUGCGCAAGAUUCUAUACCAGCAGCCCUACCAGAGCAGCCAACCGUGCAGGCUGAAGCAAGUGAGUCAGUAACCGAGAAGAGCUCAGAAGAACCUGUUGCGACAAGUGAGCCCAUACAAGAGCCACCAUUGGAAACACCGGCACCGGAGCCAAGUGAACCUUCCUCCUCUCCCGCUGUUGUAGAAAGCGCGGAAGCGAUUCCAGUAGCUGUAGCUGAAAGCACGCCUGAGGUGUCUGCUGAGCAGAUAGCGCCACCUGUGGCCGAGAGUGCACCCCCCGCCCCCACGCCAGCAGCAGCACCUGUGACGCCAACACCUGCUCCUGCAGCCCCCACAAAGCCCGCUCCCCCCGCUCCGGUGCCUGAACACGCUCCCUACCUCCUGAUUGGUGGAGGCACUGCCUCUUUCGCAGCGGCCAGGUCCAUUCGGGCGAGGGACCCAGGUGCCAGGGUGCUGAUUGUCACAGAAGAGCCAGAUCUCCCUUACAUGCGACCCCCUCUCUCCAAAGAGCUGUGGUUCUCCGAUGACCCAGAGGUGACUGAGUCACUGCGCUUUAAACAGUGGAAUGGCAAAGAAAGGAGUAUUUUCUUCCAACCGCCCUCUUUUUACGUUGACCCUAUUGAGCUGACCAAAGUGGAGAAUGGCGGUGUAGCAGUCUUGACGGGGAGGAAGGUGGUGCACAUGGAUGUGAGGGGAAACAAAAUAAGAUUACAGGAUGGUGCAGAAAUCACCUACGACAAAUGUUUGAUUGCCACAGGUGGCAUUCCACGCAAUUUGCAGGUGAUUGAGAGAGCAGGAGAUGAGGUGAUGCAGAGAACAACACUGUUCAGAAAGGUUGAAGACUUCAAAUCCUUGGGAAAGGUUUCGCGAGAAAUCAAGUCUGUCACCAUUAUCGGUGGAGGGUUCCUGGGCAGUGAGCUGGCCUGCGCCUUGGGAAGGAGAUCUGAAGACCUGGGUCUGGAAGUCGUCCAGAUGUAUCCUGAGAAGGGCAACAUGGGUAAAGUGCUGCCAGAGUACCUGAGUAACUGGACGACAGCAAAGGUCAGAAAAGAGGGGGUGAGGGUCAUCACAGAGGCCGUGGUGAAGAACGUGAGUUUUAAGAAUGGAAAAGUGGAGAUUAAGCUGAAGGACGGACGUACGGUCAAGACGGAUCACAUAGUAGCUGCUGUUGGCUUGGAGCCCAGUGUUGAGUUGGCCAAAUCAGCUGGACUGGAAGUGGAUGCUGACUUCGGAGGCUACCGUGUCAAUGCUGAACUCCAGGCCCGAUCAAACAUUUGGGUGGCUGGUGACGCGGCGUGCUUCUACGACAUCAAACUGGGCAGGCGGCGGGUGGAGCACCAUGACCAUGCAGUGGUCAGUGGACGCCUGGCCGGCGAGAACAUGACCGGGGCCAACAAACCCUACUGGCACCAGUCCAUGUUCUGGAGUGAUCUGGGUCCAGAUGUUGGAUAUGAGGCCAUUGGUAUUGUUGACAGCAGUCUACCCACCGUGGGUGUAUUUGCCAAAGCCACAGAGAAAGACACCCCCAAAGCGGCAGCUGAGAAGUCAGGAACUGGGAUCCGCUCGGAGAGUGAGACGGAGGCAGUGGCCGUGAGUGUGAAGCCUGGGACCGCCGCACCGCCGUCUCCCACACACCAGAAGGACGACUACGGCAAGGGGGUCAUCUUCUACCUGCGAGACAAGGUGGUAGUGGGAGUCGUCCUGUGGAACGUCUUCAACAGAAUGCCCAUUGCCAGGAAGAUCAUCAAGGAUGGAGAGGAGCAUGUGGAUCUUAACGAAGUGGCCAAGCUGUUCAACAUUCAUGAAGACUGAGAAAUUGAAAAUCGAAUCACACACACACACACACACACACACACACACACACACACUUACAUACAAACACUAACACACACAUACGGGAACCCAAACAGGAAAAUGUGGGCCUUGCACGGUCAGUAGUUGUACCUCAAAGUCUAUGGCUGCACCCAACAGCACACCUCGGACACCGUCAGUAGAGCCUGGGGAUCCUCUGUCCUGUUCUCGUGUGAGGGACGUCUGUUUUUCAUAUGGUCUAUUCAUUCGUAUUCAGAUUCUUUUUUUCCUAUGGAGAGCUGUAUGAGUAUGCAGUCCGAGCACUUGAAUCACUGAAUGCUGCCCCUCGUCCUUUCCUUGUUUGCUAUUCAUGUUCGUAAUGUCAUUGUUUGCGUUGGAAAUAAUACCAUUUGGAAGCAAAUGAUAUUAAGUAUUUGAAGCCUACACACAAUCUCCCUGUUCACCGCAAUAAAGUAAAUUAUUUUUGAACAUAA